GGGUCUGUUUCAUAAUGUAUGGAUACAGUACCAAAUAGCUGUGCAAGACAUCAAUUAUUUUUUGAAGACAAUAUUUAUUCGAAAGAUAAAUUUUCCGAAUAAGAAAUAUCGCGUUUAAUGACGAAUAGCGCUAUCUGACAGAAGUGAAACGCAACAAUAAUGUUUAUCCUAGCAAUAAGUACAUAACUAGCUUAUUUGGAAGUUGGAACUUGUCGAACUUAUCCAUACAUUGUGAAACAGACUCUUAGUAUAUCCAGCAAUUGUCUAAAGUGCUGUAGUACACAAUACUGUAGAAUAAUUUUAAACAUCUUUAGUUUAUACUUUAAAGUAGUCUUUCUCAACUCUCAACUGGUGAGACUUGAGAGGGGAAAUCAGAAGUCUAGACUCUAGGGGAAUGUCGCCAAGACCAUCCGGCAACAUUGGCUCUACAGGAGUAUUAUAACAUUGAUACAUUCAACAACAACAUUGGUGUAUCAGAAUCUUCAACAUUAUUUGCUUUGCAUUUAUUUAUAAUUUAUAAGAUACUACUACUCAUAACAGCUAACAAACUAAAUAUGGGUAUCAUUCAUUAGUAGGCGGCGCGGGUACCAAAACAUGUUUCAAAGGUGUUUACGAAGUUCUUUUCAAGGGAAAAUUGAAGAGAUACCUGGUUUACAUGUGGAUAAUUUUGAAUAUGUAGAAUCGACAAUUGCAAGAGCAUAUUUCUUAAGUCAUUGCCAUUCUGAUCAUAUGCAAGGUCUACAUUCGCCUUCCUUACUUAAAUAUAUCAAUGAAAAAAACAUAUUUAUUUACACAACGGAACUGUCUGCUGCCAUUAUUAAAGAAAAUACCGAGGAUGACAAAAUAUUAGACUACAUAAAAGUCUUGAAAUUAGGAUCAACACUUAUUACAUUAGAGGGAAUACCAGAAGAAAACAUUGAAGAAACAUAUGUGACAGUUACACUUAUACCAGCAGGACAUUGUGUAGGAGCAGUUAUGUUUUUAUUCCAAACUAUAAAUACUACAGUAUUGUUUACCGGUGACUUUCGAAUAAAUGAAAAAGAUAUUUAUAAGUAUGCAGGUUUGCAUGAUGUAGCUGAGAAACCAAUAAAAAUUAACACAAUGUAUUUAGAUACAACAUUUAUUGACCUAGUGUAUGAAAAUUUUCCAAAACGGUCACAGAGUAUAGACGCGAUGAUAAAAGAGAUAGAGCGGUGUUUGUCGACGGGUAGUGGUGUAGCGUUACAUACAUCAGCAAAGUAUGGUUAUGAAUAUGUUUUUAACAAGAUUUAUGAGAAGCUGGGAAGAAAAGUCUAUGUAAAUGAAGACCUAUGGAGGUUUUAUAGAAAAAUAUCACAUCUAGUCCCUGGUGUGACCAACAACAAUAAUGAAGCAAUCAUACAUUUAUGUACAAAACGCAACGAAAAGAAUCACUCAACAUGCAUACCAAGGAACUACCCACAAUUUGUUUACAUUCAUCUCUCAGCGAUGAAAUGGAUAAAUAGUAACACAUUUAAGCCAAUUCAACGAAUGUCACCGACGCGAGUGGACGUGUGUUUUGCAACCCACUGUAGUCGGAGUGAGAUAUUGGGUUUUGUCAAUUAUUUUAAACCGGAUAGAGUGAUUGGUUUUCCUAAUCCAUAUAUAGGGGAGAGAGGGGUGAAACGGCAUAGUUUGAGGGAAGAGGGUAAAUUGGAAAGUAUUUUAGUGAAAAAGUUUUGUAGUUGAUGUUUUAUUUGAAAUCAGACCUUGUAUGAAGAUUGCUUGAAAGGGUGAGCGAAACACUACAUUGAGAAAGUUUGUGUUUUCACAGAAAGCUGAAAAACUCCGUUGGACUCAAAUUUUUAGGGAGAGAAUGCGAGAACUCAAUAAUAAAAAUACAAUUUCUUUAUUAUGGAACAUAAGAUACAGAUAUAAUUUGUUCCACGCCAUUUAAUUUGAAUCUGUAAGGACACAAGGUAAAAAGAUUUGACAAAUUACACACCUACUGAUUUGGACGAGAAAACGAUAAAAUUGCUAGCUACAAUUAUUAUUUGUAAAUUGUCCUUCAUAGAUUGAUCAAAUACUAAUCACGACAGGUACUAUAAAGUACUAGAGAAGGGACUAGUUAAGUCCCCUGAUGAGUAUGCAUUAUCUCAUAAAAGUGGAUUAAGCUAGAGGUAUGUCAGGCCUGUAGCAUGUGAAGAUUCGAGGUCUCUGACUACCCCUACGGAAUUAUUAAAACAUACAAUUUUAUAAAUGUAUAUUUUAUUAAAUUUAUUGACAUAAAA